AUGGUGUAUUUAAAGCUGGAAAAGCCUUAUGGUGUUGUUGCUAUGGCAACGAAUAUCAUUGAACUUCCAGACGCGGUGUGGGCGACUGAGGCAAACCACUCGUCCACAGUGGAGGCGGAGGAUGUCGUGUCCACGCCCGAAGACCGCUCCGCCUCGCCCACCGCCCCCAGCCUCGUUCCCGCCCCCGCCCUCGCCUCCACCUCCGCCCCCGCGCCCACCACCGCUCCGCGCCCGCCGGACCUGCCCAGCGGGCUGGUGGGGCGCGUGGAUGAGUACUACUCGGGCUACGAGUACCAAGACACCGGCACCAACGACUCCCUCGCAGCGGACGACGGCGAGGAGGGGGAGGAGGAGGAAGAGGAAGGCGCGGAGGGUGAAGAGGAGGAGGAGGAGGAGGAGGCGGAGGAAGAGGGAGCGGUCGACGCCCGCGGCGUGCCCCUGCGCCUGCCCGACGGACAGCCGGCGGACGCCGACUCCACGAACCACGACCUCAUCGACUCCGUCAUGUGA